GCAUACGUACCGUCAGCAGGAACGUACAUCGCUCUCUGGCUGGACCCAGUGAGGAUGGUCGAGCCUCUCCGCGAUCGUGCUUUGCUAGACACUGCACGGAGGCUCCGCACCGGGAAGUACAUCGCACAUGUCGACAGCGUCGACGAAUUGCCUUCGUCGUCGCGGCCGUGGAGCAGGUGCAGUGUGCGUCUUGCAGGACAAGGGAUGCCGCUGUUACAGUCGGUCGAGGAUGGCCUGUCGGGCGCGCCAAUCACCGGCGCGAGCAGACAUCCGAUCCACCCGUCAAGGCCACAACCGUAUCUGAAUUGUUAUCAACAUGCGUUCAUGGACACGGUCGUCCGUAUUCCAGCUGAUGCGAUGCAAUAUGAUGGUGCGGCGGUACAGUCUCCUCGGAAAAUGGCCAGACACAAGAGCUACGAGUACGUCGAUCAGGUUAGACAGAAGACACUCCUCGAGAAA